UGGUAUAAUUGUCAGAUACAUAAAACGACAGAUACUUAAUUCAUUCGCUUCCAAGUGUGUCUGAUAGAUAGUAAACGAUAAUUACAGCAUGACGUCCGAUGAACCUAAAGCCAAAAAGAUUAAACUCGAGGAAAAGAAGCUCAGUCAAAAUGCCCUUUUUGGGAUGGGAAACCCCCUGCUUGACAUCUGUGCUGUGGUGGACAAAGAUUUUCUAGACAAAUAUGGACUCAAGCCAAAUGACCAGAUUUUAGCAGAGGACAAGCACAAGGAAAUGUUUGAAGAGAUUGUCAAGAAAUUCAAGGUUGAAUACCAUGCUGGAGGUGCCACGCAGAACUCCGUGAAGGUCGCACAGUGGAUGAUCCAAGAGCCACACAAAGUUUCUACCUUUUUCGGCUGCAUCGGGAAGGAUGAGUUUGGGAAGAUCCUGAAAGAGAAGGCAGAGGAGGCCCAUGUGGAUGCCCACUACUACGAACAGAGCGAGGAGCCCACAGGGACCUGCGCUGCCUGCAUCACUGGUGACAACAGGUCUCUUGUUGCGAAUCUCGCCGCAGCUAAUUGCUACAAGAAAGAAAAGCACCUAGACCUUGAGGAGAACUGGAAGCUUGUUGAAAAAGCCAGAGUUUACUACAUUGCUGGGUUUUUCCUGACUGUGUCUUUGGAGUCGAUCCUGAAGGUAGCCAAACACGCCUCUGAAAACAACAAGAUCUUCUGCUUGAAUCUGUCGGCUCCCUUCAUUUGCGAGUUCUUCAAGGAGGCCCUGAUGAAGGUUAUUCCCUAUGUGGAUAUUCUUUUCGGCAACGAAACGGAGGCAGCGACAUUUGCGCGAGAACAGGGCUUUGAGACUGAAGACAUUGAGGAGAUUGCAAAGAAGGCCCAAAGCUUACCAAAGGUGAACAAGAAAAGAGAGAGGAUUGUUGUCUUUACCCAAGGCAAAGAAGGCACUGUGAUGACCAAAGAUGACAAGGUAGAGACAUUCCCUGUCCUGGAGAUCAACCAGAGUGAGAUAGUGGACACCAAUGGUGCUGGAGACGCCUUUGUUGGAGGUUUCCUGUCUGAGCUGGUGCAGGAUAAGACCUUUGAGCAGUGUAUUCGUGCUGGACACUACUCUGCUAAUGUCAUUAUUCAAUAUGCAGGCUGUACAUUCCCAGAAAAGCCUGACUUCCACUGAUGGGCCACUGAGAGAGCAGAAUACAUGGCCACCUAAGUGUUUUUAUAGGACUUUAAAAUACUUUUUAUUUCUCUUUCACUGCCUUUAUUCUUUUGUGCCUCUGUUUUUAUCAGUCCCAAAUCCUAAUGCGAUCAUGGAGAUGUAUUUCACAUUAAAAACGGUUUACAAAAGAGGAAUUCCUUUGUUACAAAUAUUGAUUUGUUUUUACUGAAGUAAUUUGAGUAUUGCUCUCCCCUGUACUGUAUGAUCGGUAAUCAUAAUAACCUUAAUAAAUCUUUCCAGGUGUGAUAUUUUUAAUAAAAUUGCCUUGAAGAUAUAGUGAUAUAGCUUUAAAAUGUAAAGAAAAUAUUGAAAUCGUACAACUUUUGCAUUACAGACGCCACAUAUGAAAGAAUCCUUUAAGCCAUGUCAAAAUCAAAGACUUUGUUGGCCAGUUUUGCUGUUGUAAACCAAAUAUAUUUGUGAAACGCACACUUAAUGUGUCAUAAUCAAGUUUAACCUGUUGUUAUGUGUUAUACGUAACAAGCAAUGUCUGCAGUCCUAUUGAAAGCAAUAAUGUACAUCUGACAAAUUCAAAAUAAAGUUUGCAUUACUGCUG